AUGAAGAAAAGUAAGCACCAAGCGCUGCCAUUAGUGCUAUGUGGCUUGACUCUUACUUCUCUCGGUGCGAUGCCUUUGCUAGAACUUGGCUAUGCGUUAGAUGUAUCCCAGGAUAAGAUGCAAUCUUUACGAGCCCUGACGGUGUUCGACAAAAGCGCUCUCGCACUCAGCGUGCUAUCGGUAGCUAUUGGAGGCGCUCUUUUAUUUUCCUUAUGGUUAAAGCUAUCCGACCUUUAUGCGCUGAGAACUGUAAAAGUUUUGGCCAUUGCACUUGCAGUUAUAGCUGUAGCCGAUGCAGCGUUACUGAUGUCUGUAGCAUCUGAGCGAGGACUUGAUACCCCAUGGAAGACCAGCAUUUACGCAGAUCACGAGAGAUUAUUUGAGCAGCAAAUAAACGACGUCUUUUGUCAUGCUAAAGGUCUGCAAGUGUGCGAGCUUGGCAGUAUGGCAGAGGCGCGACAGAUUUUUCCGCUUCAAAGUUGGCCUGUCGAUUCUGACCGCACCCCGGGAAGACGGAUUGCAUCCAGCUGCGAGGGCUUUCAGGACAAUGUGCCGUUUUGGGAUUAUCAGAGCAAAAUGAAGCUCUGCAGUCUUUGUGCAAAUGUAACCUUUGAAGAAAUAGCAUUGCAAAGGAGAUUUGGGACCAAAUAUAAUGCCGAGGUGCUGGCAGCGGUGGCUGUGCUAAGCUUCGAAGAGCUGCAGUGGUGCGGAGAGUACUUGUUGGCGCUUACAAGAUACGACCAUGACUCUCAAUAG